AUGCUUGAAAAAUCGAUAAAAUUUUCGAAAAAUAGCAUACGAAUAACCAUUGCGGAGGCUUUAUUGUCGCAUCGUUUAUUAGUAAGACAUUCAUCAGAUGGCCACCAAAGCAAUAAAAAAAGUAAGAGUCGAAUUGGUCUCUUGGCUGUCGGUUCACUUACAUUAGGAACAAUCGCUGUAUUAGGAUAUGCAAAGAAUAAUAGACAAUUUAGAGACACUCUUGAUAAGUGGAUUCCUGGAGCUGAUGAAACAAUAAAAUUGAUAUUUUUAGAAGAAAAUUCUUUUAUAGCUUACAUUCGUGAUUUUUUCAACAACUUCAAGCAAAGUGUCCCGUUUGGAAUUUUCGAUACUGCAAAAGAAUCUGAAAUUACGAAACCGAAAGAAGAAAAAAAAGCUUCAAAAGCAAUCAUUGAGGCGCCAAUUGAAAAGAAGCAAAAAUCCGAGAUUUCAGUCAACACUGAUAAUAAACCGAAAAAAACAAAAAAAGAUGAAAUAGAAGCUGAAAAUAAUCUUCCUCGUCCAUCUUCAAAAGAUUUGAAUCAAGUGAAAGCUACGAGCCUAGAUGAUUUAAAGAGAUCAUGCAGUCAAUUAGCUACAAAAGUAAUAAGUGAAUAUGACAAUGCUAUACAAGUUGUCAACAAUUACAAUCGAGGAAUUGCGGAAGUCGUUGAAGCUAAUGUUUCAACUGUACAUUCAUCGUCAGUUUGGAAAAGAUUGAAAGAAGAUUUAGAGAAGCGGAAAAAAAUUAUCCAACAAGUUGAUAAAUUCACCUCCGAUGCUGAACAAGAAAUAAAACAAUAUUUGAGUUCCAUGAAUUCGAAAUUCGAUAUACCGGAUACAAUAAAAUCAGAAGCUCGUAACUUCGUUGAUAAACUUUUGACUGAUCUUCAUAAAGCUAAAAAAAAAUAUGAAGACGAAAAAUCCAAUGUGAAGAUUGCUGAAAAAUUCAUGGAUAAAAUGAAUAUUGCCAGGCAACAUUUUCAUGAAGAACUUAAAAUAUUAUUCCCUGAUAUGAAUGUAAACGAUGGACUGUUGCCUAGUAGUGACAAAGCAUUCGAUCUCUUUGUACUUUAUAUGUAUAACAAAGUCAACUAUUUGAAAUCAGAGUUAGAUAAACUUGAAACCAUUGGGAAUGAAAAACUGAAAGCUGCAUUGAAUUCCUCCGGGGCAAGUGCCGAUGAUAGCAAAAUAAAUGAAAUUGUUAGUAGAGAAUUAAACAAAGAAAAGCGACUUCUUCAAGAAGAGUUUGAUAAAAAGCUUUUGGAAGAAAGAAAAAUUUUUAUGGAAGAACUUCGUAAGCAAUUGAAACUCCAAGCUCAGAUUAAUGCAGAUCUACUGAAGGAAACUCUUGAAUUAAAAGAGAGAGAAACUGAACGGUUAGUAAACCAAACUCUUGAGGAACAAUUAGAAAAUGAAUCAAACAAUUAUAAAGCACAACUCGGAGUAGUUGUUGGGCGUUUGCGUGGAUUAGAUGAAGCCCUUAAAUUACGUUUAUCGGAAGAAAAAGGAGCAUGUGAAGUACAAGUACUUUGGGCUGCUUGUCAAGCAUUAGCAAGAGCAGUAAAAGCUACACCACACAAAAAUGUUCUAAGAGAACGAUUUUUAAAGGUUGAACACAUGGCAAGACGACUCGCUCUUGUUCCCGAAGAAGGUGCAUCUUUACCAAUUUACUUCUUGAGUUAUCUCCAAAACUUUUUACUCGUUAAGGCUGAAACUCCUAUAACAAAGAGUGAGCUAUCUGAUGAACCAAUUGAUGUCAAUAAACUCGAUACAUACGAUAUUUUGAACCGUGCAAGAUAUUGGCUCGAUCGAGGAGAUUUAAAAAUGAGUCUUAAGUAUAUGAAUUUAUUGAGUGGAGCGCCAAGAAGCGUAGCUAAAGAUUGGAUGAAUGAAACAAGAAUUUUAUUAGAAACACAACAAGCAUACAUACUGAGAGAUAAAUGCUACAAUAUCACGAGGCUUAAAAAUAAGUUCGCUUGUGUUCCCGUCUUGUUUAAGCUUUCCAUUAACCCAAGUUUGAACCGAUAA